CAAAAAAUGGGAAAGAAACAGAAUGGAAAGAGUAAAAAAGUCGAAGAGGCAGAACCUGAAGAAUUUGUGGUAGAAGAAGUACUGGACCAUCGUGUAGUGAAUGGGAAGGUGGAGUAUUUCCUGAAGUGGAAGGGAUUUACAGAUGCAGACAAUACUUGGGAACCCGAAGAAAAUUUAGAUUGUCCAGAGUUAAUUGAAGCAUUUCUUAAUUCUCAAAAAGCUGGUAAAGAGAAAGAUGGAACAAAAAGAAAAUCUUUAUCUGACAGUGAACCUGAUGAUAGCAAAUCAAAGAAGAAAAGAGAUGCUGCUGACAAACCAAGAGGUUUAGCCAGAGGUCUCGACCCAGAGCGAAUAACUGGUGCCACAGACAGCAGUGGAGAAUUCAUGUUUCUCGUGAAAUGGAAAGAUUCAGAUGAGGUAGACUUGGUGCUGGCAAAAGAGGCAAAUAUGAAGUGUCCUCAAAUUGUAAUUGCUUUUUAUGAAGAGAGAUUAACUUGGCAUUCUUGUCCAGAAGAUGAAGCUCAAUAA